GGUGCAGAGCUGCAGACGAAUUUUGAAGUAAUAGUGUAAAAGAUCUAAACAGAAGUAUCAAAGCAGGCAUCGAACCAAGUAAGAAAGCACGUGUUUAAAUCGUGUGUGAAACUGUUUCAAAAUCAUCAGUUGCUCGAAAAUGGAAAGCAAAAGCCCUAAUACCGCCAUAAAGGGCAAGAAAAUUGCUGGAAAGCUGAAAUUGAAAACUAAAAUUUGUCCUCCAAAGAAAAAAGAAAAAGUGCGUAGUGUGGGACAAAAAACUAAAAAAACUGUAUCGAAAAUAACUAAAGGAAAGAAGCAACAGCCAAAAAAUGGACCUAAAGAAUUUCAAUUGGAUCUUGGAGUUCUAGAUGGGUAUGAUUUGCCAGAAAUUAAAGAUGAAGAAGAUGUGCAACUGUCAAAACCAAAGAGAUUCAAGAAUUCACGUCCUGAAGUGCUAGGUGUGGAUUACAGAGAAAUGGAAGAAAAGAGACUAGAAGAGUUACUCUUUGGUGAGCUACUAAAAAAAAUUGAUGUAGAUCCACAGGCUAUUAAAAGUGAAAAUAACAAAAGUCACACAGUCACAAAAUCAAAAAAGAAAGGUAAAGGAAAGUUAGGGAAACAAUCCUUAACUAAAGGACCUGGUGAAGAAGAAGGUUCACUUCCACAAGAUGUUUAUGGUAACAAUUUAGGUAUUAGUUCAGUAGCAGGAAGAAAAGCAGCAUGGGUUGAUGAAGAUGAUGAAGCUUUGAAGUGUAAAAGUGUCCAAUCUAUGAAAGAAAAGGGUGUAUCAGACACAAUUUACAAAAAGGUUUUGGAGCAAAGGUUUGCAUCUAUUCAUGGUCAAAUAACACCUAAGUGGGCCCAGUUGGUGAAAAAAGAUGACAAAAAAACAAAAUAUGGCAGUGGUGAUGAAGUUGAGGAUAGAGACUUAACAAAAACUGCUGUGGAUCUUCUUAUGAAAGAUUCAGUGUCAUUGCCUCAAGAAAUACUAAACUUUUUAUGGAUGUCAGAUGUCAAUAAAGAAACUAGGUCAGAAGGAGUUCUUAUCAAAUCUGUAGAGUUUCAUAAGAAACAAAAUGUUGCUCUUGUAGCAGGAAAUUCUGGAGUUCUCAGCCUGUUCGAGAUUGGUGGUUCAUCCAAUGCCAAAAUUCAGUCCAUCACCUUUAAACAGUUUCCCAUACACAUGGCUCACUUCUCGCCAAGUGGCGAAGAAGUCAUAGCUUCUUCUAACGCAACUGGCAAUAUUCAAGCAUAUAACUUGCUAAACGGAAGAAGCGUUAUCAUCCCUCACAACAAACAAAUGGACAAAGGAUCUUACAAAAACUUCGUUCUUUCACCCGAUGGAAAGCUUAUAGCUUAUCAAGGCCAAUUUGGAUACAUCCAUUUAAUGAGUGCGCGUUCGAAGGAAUGGAUAACUUCUUUGAAAAUGAACGGAGAAGUGAACGCGUUGACUUUUAAUCCGGAUGGCACUAGACUAUAUAGUCACGGAGAGCACGGUGAAGUUUAUGUUUGGGACAUGAACGCCAGAACUUGCGUUCAUAAGUUUGUAGAUGACGGUUGCAUUACAGGAACAGCUCUCGCCAUGUCUCCUACUCAGCAAUAUCUGGCUUGUGGCUCAUCUUCUGGAGUUGUUAACUUGUACAAUACUAGCAAUUUAGAAAAUAAUUCUCUACCGAAGCCAGAUAAAGUCAUUCUCAAUUUGGUGACGAGAAUUUCUGGCAUUAACUUUCAUCCAAGUUCUGAACUUGUAUCAAUAUUUUCCGACGCUAAAGAAAAUGCCGUCCGGCUGGCGCACUUCCCAUCCAUGACUGUGUUCAAGAAUUUUCCUGUACAGAAAAAGGAAUCUUACCGCGUCACCACAAUGGAUUUCUCUCCUAGCGGUGGUUAUAUGGCUGCGGGGUUCAACAACGGAUCCGCUCAUCUUUAUCGAUUGAAUCAUUAUGAUCAAUAUUAAGUAACAUGAUUUUGACCAUGAAUUGACAAUAAUACUGGGUUAAACUUUUCA